AACUCAUCCACCAAUGAAGAGAUGUCGGGGAUAAGAAAUGGUCGGUCAUGGACAGAAGAAGAGGACUCCAUACUCGUUAAUUAUAUCAACACCCAUGGCGAGGGUCGCUGGAACUUUCUUGCUUUUGAUUCAGGUCUUAAAAGAACAGGGAAAAGCUGUAGAUAUAGAUGGUUAAACUACUUACACCCGGACAUUCAACGUGGAAAUUUUACCCUCCAAGAGCAACUUAAGAUUCUUGAGCUCCAAUUCUGCUGGGGUAACCGUUGGUCGAAGAUUGCUGAAUGGCUGCCUGGUAGAACAGAUAACCAAAUAAAGAACUAUUGGAGAAGCAGAGUUCAAAAGCAGGCAAAGCAACUCAAAUGUGAGGUCAAUAGUCAACAAUUCAGAGACAUUAUGCGCAACGUCUUAAUUCCCCGCUUGGCCGAGCAAAUCCAACUAACCCAAACAACAAUUCCCCAAUCUCCAGAUCCAUCCAUCACCCGGGAUAUUGACCCGACCACCCCACUCAUUACUAUGCCUGCUGCUGCUUCUGCUUCUGCUUCAUUAAACGACGCCGUACUAGUCCAACCCAAUCAUUAUUAUGAUGACCCAGCAUCACUCAUGUUGGAGUGGCCAUUACUCCAACAAAACGACCACGUUGCUACUACUAGUACUACUGCUGAUCCUUUUGGAGAUUAUUUAACCUAUGAUGAUAUUGCUAAUAUACUUUGGAACCAUGAUAUAUAG